AUGCUGGCAGCCAAGUGCGGCAACACUGCCGCCGCCACCGCCGCACUAAUGGAGAAACGUUUCGCCCAGUCACGCCAAGAGCUGCUCGAGCAGCGCCACCAGGAGCUGCUGCGAAAGCAACGCCAACUUCAGGAGCAGUACACACGCCUCCAACAGCUCAGCAGGGGGCAAAUUCCACGUGGUUUCCUCAAUGAUCUCAAGAAGACCGGCUCGGAGAGCAACCUGGCGGCCAAGGCGGCCACCAUGAGCAUUGCCGCUGCAUCUGCAGGUGCUGCUGGAGGAGGUGUUGGGAGUGCUGGUGCUGGUGGUGGUAACGUAUCACUGGGCAACGUUCAGAUGUCCAGAGUGGGCAGAGUUCCAGUCAGUUCGACGGUGCACGGAUCACUGAAAAAUCUGGCCAAUAAUCCGAACAGCGGCACAGGCAGCACAGGUGCAAAGGCAGGCAGUUCUGGUCGUCAGAAUGGGUCAGCCGGUGGAACGGUAGCAUCAGCAGGAGGAGGAGGACCCCAAUCAAAUGAAGCUGCAGUCACCAAGAAGAUAUUUGAAACGGAAAUUCUCUAA